AACCCAAAAAAAAAAAAAAAAAAUCAUUCAGUUUUUCACUCUAAAAUCUUGUUUGAUCUCCCAUAAAACGCUACCAAUUCUUUGCCGGGGUGACGAUUACUAAUGGCGGAAGCUGCUGUAGAGUUUCUGUUGGACCAACUGUCAGCAGUGAUCCGUGACGAGUGCUCACUCUUGGGAGGGAUUAGAGAAGAUGCAGAAGACAUGAAGAAUGACCUGAGUCGUCUAAGGGCAGCUUUGAGAGUUGCUGACGAGAGGGAAGAAAUUGAUCCUCAAGUUGAAGCUUGGGUGAAGAUAGUCCGGGAGCUGGCUUAUGAUACCGAAGAUGUUCUUGAUGAGUUCCUGUUCCGCUUUGGAGGUGGCCGGACCAGUGGAAGUUUCUACACUAACAUCAAGAACAUAUACACUUCCGUCAAGAACUUGAGAGCUCGGCGCAGGCUCGCUCUUGCACUGCGAAGGAUCAAGGCCAGAAUCAACGAAAACUCCAGAUAUCAGCCAAGCUUGCCAACAAGCACUAGAGGAACUGUUCACAACAAACAGUUGCAUUAUGGCCGAGUGGAUGCCCUUUUCCAAAAAGACUCAGAUCUGGUAGGUUUUGAAAAUUCCAAGCACUCUCUUAUUAAACUCCUUCUUGGCGCUGUUGAUGAUGAUUUGAGGGUUCACUCUGUGGUGGGCAUGGGGGGAUUGGGGAAGACCACUUUGGUUAAAAAGGCUUAUGAUGAUGCACAAGUCAUAAAGCACUUUCAGCAUCGUGUGUGGGUUACAGUUUCGGAAACAUUCAAGAUUGAGGAGUUGCUGAAAGAUGCAAUUAAGCAAUUAGUUGAGCAAACAAAACAAGAUCUCCCACGGGAUUUUGAAGCCAUGGGCUCUAUUCCAUUGACAAAUUUUGUUAUGAACAUUCUUUCAGGUCGAAGGUACAUCAUUGUUUUAGAUGAUAUAUGGAGUUUUGAUGUUUGGAGCCCUAUCAAAUAUGCUUUUCCAGAACAAAAAUUUGGUAGCCGCAUAGUAAUCACAACACGGCAUAGUGAAAUAGGCCGGGAUGCAUGCCACGAAACUCAAGGUAAUGUCUACCAUUUGAAGCUUUUGUCUAAGGAAGAUUCAUGGAUAUUGUUUUGCAAAAAAAUAUUUUUAAGUGAUUCAUGUCCUCCACAUUUGGUGAACAUUGCUGAAGAUAUUGUAAAUAAAUGCGGGGGUCUGCCUCUAGCGAUAGUGGUAAUUGCUGGUAUAUUGGCUACAAAGGGUGAGGAUAUUGCAGAAUGGAAAAAUUUCCAAAAUGGUCUUAACCUUCAAUUAGAAAGCAAUGACAGGAUGAAAAACUUGAAGAAUCUAUUAUCCUUGAGUUACUAUGAUCUACCCUAUUAUCUAAAGUAUUGUUUCUUGUACUUUAGCAUCUUCCCUGAGGAUGUCAUCAUUAAAAAAAACAGAGUCAUUAAACUAUGGAUCGCAGAAGGGUUUGUCAAGGAGAAUGGUCAUCAAGUGAAAGAAGAAGUUGCUGAAGCUUAUCUCAAUCAGCUAAUUCAUCGAAACUUAAUUCAAAUUGCAGAGAAGUCUGAUGCUGGAAGGAUUAUUAGCUUACAAGUCCAUGAUAUUUUACGAAAAAUAAUACUUUCAAAGGCAUUAGAGCAAAACUUUGCAGUCAUAGUCACUGGACAGAAUAAGGAAUGGUCCAACAAGUUUCGACGCCUAAUGAUCCAUAGAUUUGAUGAUGACAUUCUAAAGAGCACUUCAUCCAAAAUAUUGCAUCUUCGUUCUUUGCAGCUCUUUACAGAUGGGGUGGUUUCAUCUUCAUUAUCAAAGCUGUUGUCCAUUGAUUAUAUUCCUCUGAAAGUGUUAGACUUAAGAGACAAUGGACUAAAGACAAUUCCAAAGGAAGUUUUCAAGUUGUUUCAUUUGAAGUAUUUGAGUUUGAGGAACACAAUGUUAAGAAAUGUUCCUAAAUCCAUAGGACGUCUUCAAAACUUAGAGAUACUUGACCUGAAACGGACUGUCGUGAAAAGUUUGCCAGUUGAGGUUGAAAAACUUCGUAAACUCCAACAUCUCAUUGUGGGCUAUUAUUGGGGCAAUGGUUUUAAUGCCCCUUUUAAUAUUGGGGGAUUGUUGUCUUUACAAAAGUUGCAUUAUAUACAAGCAAACGAAACUAAUGGCAACAGAGUGGUGUCUGCAAUAGGGAAUCUAACACAACUAAGAAAACUUGGAGUUAGAAACUUGAGGCGAGAAGACGGCAAAGAAUUAUGUUCAUCCCUAGAAAAGUUGACAAACCUUCGCUCUUUAAGCCUUGAUUCGGCUAAAGUAGAUGAAAUCAUUGAUAUCCAACAUUCUUUAUCUAGGGUUCCUCUUUGUCUCCGUAGAUUAAAAUUGAGUGGGCGUCUAGAGAGGAUCCCUCAAUGGUUAUCUUCACUUGUAAGCCUAACUAAACUCGAGUUGGUUAAUAGUUGGCUUCUUGAAGAUCCACUACCUCUUCUCCAAGAUUUGCCCAUGCUAUCACAGCUUCUUCUUUCCAAGUCUUAUAACGUGGAAGGGUUAUGUUUUAAGGCUGGAAAGUUCCCAAAGCUAAAGUUUUUGCGUAUUGAUUGCUUCUGGGCACUGAAAUGGAUAAUAGUGGAGGAAGAUGCAAUGCCCCUUCUUGAAAAGCUCUACUUGUUUACUUGCGAAUUGCUUGAACAUGUGCCUCUUGGUAUUGAACAUUUGUCUAAACUCGACUCAAUUGCAUUCUGCCAAUUGAACGAAAAUUUGAUGCUUUCUUUAGAUUCAAAUGGUGAAAAUUACACAAAAAUAUCUCAUAUUCCUUACAUUCAUAUUAUUAAAUAAAUUUGUAAAUG